AUGAGUUCUCUAUUCACUUCGACGCUACUGCUGUCUCGGGGACCCUCUUCUUACGUAAAAUCUCUACCAAGGUACUGCAGGUAUUACAGUAGUCGGCGCUCUCCACUUGUGCCGAGAGUUUCAAAGAGUCGUUUUCUCGCCACAGAGGCUUCUCCACUGGCUGAAGAUACCAAAAAGGCUACUGAGUUUGUGAACUCUGGUGCUGUCUCUCAUACUGGUUUCGAGGAAGGAGUUAGGAUUAGCAAGAAUAUCGGCUCCGAGACGGACAACCAUUCACUGACCCCCCUUGAAUUAUACAACGAGCGUGUGCAUGUCAAUCAACUCAAAGAUGAUGAAUAUCAGCGCCAGAUAUUGACAAGUAUGCAAAGUCUCUUUCAUCAGUUACAGCAUUACCAUCCUCCCGAGGUGGCCAAGCCCAAUUCCAUGACUCCAAAUGGCGCUUACAACGGAAAUACCUUUAUAAAUUAUUUUGCUUCCUGGUUCAGAUCUCGUCGCGCAAGUACGGGGUAUCAGCCCGACUCAUCCGAAGCAUCGCGUAUUCCACAUGGUAUUUAUUUGUACGGCGACGUUGGCUGCGGUAAGACCAUGUUGAUGGAUCUUUUCUACAGCACUAUUCCGCCACACCUAUCCAAAAAAAGAUUACAUUUUCAUCAGUUCAUGCAGAAAUUGCACAAACGGUCCCAUGAGCUCAAAUUAGCCUACGGCGGUGUCCAUCAAGAAGUUGAUGUGAUGCCAAUUCUUGCCUGGGAGCUCUCUAAAGAGGCCACAGUCUUGUGUUUCGAUGAGUUCCAAGUUACCGAUGUGGCAGAUGCCAUGCUUCUUCGACGUCUCAUAGACUUGGCCCUUCGUGAGGAUCACGGCUUGGUUCUAUUCACUACUUCCAACCGUGCACCUGGUGAAUUGUACAUCAAUGGUAUUCAAAGAGAAUCCUUUGUUCCAUGUAUAGAGCGCAUUAAGUAUAAGACCCGCGUGAUUCAUAUGAAAUCACCUACAGAUUACAGAAAAAUCCCAAGCCCUGUUUGCUCCGUUUAUUUCUCUCCAAGAUGCGAUGUCGCCUAUAAUUCCAAAGAGAGUCUAAAGCAACGUAAGUUCCACAGCGAUUCUUGGUAUUCCUUCUUUUCGCAGGGCCAUAAGAUGGAAUAUCGCGUUCCCAUUAGGAUCUGGGGUCGUGAAUUAGUUGUUCCAAAGUGCUCUCCACCUUACGUGGCUCGAUUCUCAUUUAAGGAGCUUUGUGGCAGGCCUUACGCCGCUGGUGAUUAUCUUGCUCUUGCCUCCCAAUUCGAAUCUAUCAUUGUGACUGAUAUUCCAUAUCUCAGCAUAGAUUCAAGGGAUGAGGUUAAGCGUCUUAUCACGUUUCUAGACGCUGUUUAUGAUAGUCAUUCGAGAAUCGCUGUCACGGCUGCUGCUCCAUUCGAUGAUAUUUUUGUGGAGCCUGAAGACAUCGGUGAGGAUGCUUACACUUUAUCCAACGUAGGUAUAGCUAAGCGGGCUGCAAGACUUGCAGCAAAAGGGGGUUUACAUACCUCAUUGAGUUCAUCAGAUGACGACCCUUUGGUUAAAACGCACGGAUUCGACAAAGGCAUCGCUGAUAAGGCAAACUUAUUUGCCAAAUUAGAUGAAGAAAGAUUUGCAUUUACCAGAGCUUUGAGUAGGUUGAAGCAAAUGAGUACAAAGGCCUGGGUAGAAAGUAUUGGUGUAAUGGGCCCUGAUAUGCAUAAGCGCCCUGCUCGUACUUUCCCAUUCACCUCCACGUCUGUCCCUGGUAGUUUAUUGUCGCCUAGAGCACAAAAGGCUACUCGUGUUUGA